AUGAGUUCUGUGCUUCUGAUGCUCUUGGUAUCCACUGUGAAUGCCGGCACCUUACUAGAAAAGGGCUCGCUGAGACGGGAAGCCCGGCGGCUUUCAUGCGUGCGAUGUUGUGGGCCUUCAGAAGAGCCAGUCUCCGUCGCCUCUUCACGAUCCACUAGGAUGAGCUAUGACCCCGCCUAUUCAGUGCCCAAAGUCCAGCCCACAAUAGAUAUCACCAUCCUGAAAGGUGAAAAAGGUGACGUGGGAGAGAAAGGGAUCACCGGCGGGGCUGGAAAGGCUGGAGAACAAGGGCUACGUGGUUAUAAUGGACAGAAAGGUCAGAAAGGCCAGGUUGGCCCACCAGGCCACUCCUGCAAGCUGCAUUACGCUGCCUUUUCAGUGGGCCGGAGAAAACCUCUCCAUAGCUCGGAUUAUUUCCAGCAUGUCACUUUUGAUACGGAGUUGGUGAACCUCUACAAACACUUCAGCAUGUUCGCAGGGAAAUUCUUUUGCUACGUGCCAGGGAUCUACUUCUUCAACCUUAAUGUCCACACCUGGAACUUCAAAGAGACCUACCUGCACGUAAUGAAGAACAACAAGGAAGUCGCCAUCCUCUAUGCCCAGCCCAGCGAUCGGAGCAUCAUGCAAAGCCAGAGUCUCCUGCUCGAGCUGCAGGAAGGGGAUGAGGUCUGGGUGAGAAUGUUUAAACGAGAGAGGGAAAAUGGCAUCUAUAGUGAGGAGUCUGAUAUUUACAUCACCUUCAAUGGCCAUUUAAUUAAACCAGCCAUAGAGUAG